AGUUACGUCGUGACUCUUGAACAGUUAACUUGUAUCUCUUUUAAUAGUAGGAUGCCACAGAAGAUGCUUGUUCUUUUUCGAUAUUUAACAUAUGUACGUUGUUUGUUAAUAAAUUUAGGCAUGUUAAUCGGCUUGUCACACGAAAUCCCAUUAAUAGGGACUAAGGUGAGAGAUGCUCGACCAAAUGAGCUUCCGUUUGUCGUGUCGAUCGCAAGAAGAGCCCAAAGCAAUGAUACCCAUUUCGUCAAUCGUCACUUUUGCACUGGAACGCUCAUAAGCAGGAGAAAUGUUUUGACUGCUGCACAUUGCUUCGCAAAAAUAUUGCUGAAUAACACCGAAGUUAUUGCUGGCUCGACGGACGUCAGACUUGGUGACAAGUACUCCCUGGAAUCUGGGAUAACGUAUGACAACUGGAAAAAAAAAAAGUCAGGACUGAAAGACCUGUUAGAAAAUGAUAUCAUGGUUUUGACGCUAGCAGGCAAGGGAGUCGAUUGUCACGAAAGUCAUUUAGCUAAGAUAUUGACAUUCGCACCAACAGAUUUGUACGGUUCAACCGUUAGAAUUGCCGGUUGGGGCUAUUCUCCAGAGGACGUGUCACCAUUCGUUUUGAGAACGGCAGUGUUGACAGUUCUAAAUAACGAAGAAUGUGUGUUGCAACGCCAUCCGUCGUAUUAACUUGUGGUGACAGUGGAGCUCCGACUCUCAGUAAAAGGAAUCAAGUGGUCGGCAUAAACAGAGGAUGCUAUCCGUCUCUCUUGGGUUACCCUGUAUGGUAUCAACGUCUGCAUCAAAUUAAUGUACAUCUCCAUCUGUAUUAUUAUAGAAAUUUCAUCCGGGAUGUCAUAACAACCUCAUGAGAGACGUUUUUAAGUACCAUAUGACACUUUGUUUAUAGUUUUCAAGAUUGAAAAUAAAUAAAUUUGGGUGGUUGUUUUACAAGAAAUCUAUUCUGAAAGCAUAUUAAAUUUAUAAAUUGCGGUUUUCGUGAUCAAUGCACGUACAAUGCAAUCAAUUACUACUUCUAGAGUGCAUUCACAAAUUUACUCGAACGAAUACGUUCUACCCAAUAACAGAUAUUUUGUCGUACAAAUAGCCUUCAACAAAAUAGUUUAAAAGCGCAAAUGAAAACUCUCAUAGUACUGAACAGUUUCCAUAAAUAUAAGACGAUUUACCAAACCACAUUCUUUUUAAAAUAAAAUUCAAUAUGUUAACAAAUAAAUUAACAAUCCAAAACUUAAGCACCCGAGAAAAAAAGAGAUAAAUUUAGGAAUCAUGGUAUCUUGUAACAAACACAUGCUACAUGAAAUCUGAAAAUAUGAACCGCAUAAUCUGAAUUAUUAACAAUAAUAAAAAUGUACGAAGAAAGAUUAAACGUUAUAAUGAAAAUAAACGAAAUUAUUAGAACAACAAUAAAUCUUUGAUAGAACAGGAAAUGAUAGUAAGUCAUUAGAAUUUUAUAAGUAAUGAACUAAUCCGGUCAAAAGAACACAUAACUGGUAUAGAAUCAAUAAAAAUUGGCGAUAAAGUAAUUACCAAUAAGAAGAAGAUGGCUUAUAUCUUCAAUAAAUAUUUUAGUACCGUCGAGAACAAACUUGCAGCAAAAAAAC